AUGGCCGACGAAGUCAUCAGGUCCAUGCAUUCUGAGCUCCCCAUGUCAUCGGAUUGGACCAACGUCAACAUGAGCAACAAGAUCCUGCGCACUACUGCCAUGGCUUCCGGCCGCAUAUUCGUUGGCCCCGAGCUCUGCCGCGACGAGAUGUAUAUCGAGACCGCCAUCAACUACACCAUCGACUUGAUGAGGGCUUCGUACGUCGUUACCCUUGUCCCGCCCUGGUUGCGCACCUAUGUGUCCCCCUGGUUGCCUCCUGUACGACGGCUUCGGCGCCGCGUCAAGCAGGCGGACAAUUUCUUAAGGCCUGUUGUGGCGUCCCGCAAAAGAGCUGCCUUAAUGCCGGGCCACGAAGCCCCGAACGACAUGUUACACUGGCUCAUGAACGAGGGGAGCCGGUUCGGGAUCAAUGACGACGAGCAGCUAGUCAAGCAUCAGUUGGAUGUCAGCUUUGCGGCCAUACAUACUUCCACCGCUAUCACUGUGAAUGCGUAA